GAUAAUCGUUUCUCAGCUUUAAAGAAACGCGAAUCAGAAGAAAGUAAAAUUGAUUAAAGAUACAAGCUAUAUAUUUUUUACAAAACUAGUAUUUUCUUACAAUUUUCAUUAUAAUGGAUACAAGUGUGGAAAUCUUUCAUGCUAACUGUCUAAUGACUUGGAACACUUAUAAUUGUCCCGUUUGUUAUUACAUCAAAAAUCCCGAUUUGAUGAAAAACUCCGCUUGUAUGAAUUGCGAUGUCAACGAUUCGUUAUGGUUUUGUAUUGUUUGUGCUCAUGUUGGUUGCGGUCGAGGAAUACAGGGUCAUGCUUUGGAACAUUAUGAAACUACUAAGCAUAAAUAUGUCAUGGAAUUGCAGGGAUUUCAAGUUUGGGAUUAUAAAACGGAAAAGAUUUUACAUAAAUUAGAUGCUAAAGAUCAAAGACUCGAUAACUUUCACAGCUACAACGAAUCGAAUGGCGAAAAUACUUGCUCUUGCCCCGUAUGCCAGCACAUGCGCACGCCAAAAUUUCUAAAACAACCCGUUUGUAUGGAAUGCGAAGAGGUCCAAACACCAGCUCUAUGGAUCUGUUUGUCUUGUAGUCAUAUUGGUUGUGGCAGACACAGUAAUCGUCAUGCUCUUUUACAUUUCAACAAAACUAAACAUCCAUAUUCAAUGUGUCUGAAUAAUUUCAGUAUCUGGGAUUAUAAAGAACACAAAUAUCUGCAUCGGCAAUUGCACGAAACGGUUAUGGUAAAAUCCGAAUUGAUGGAAUUUGAAGGCGAACGCGUAAAGGAGGAUUUCGAGAAACGUAUGGAUCGUUUGGAACGUGAGUGGCAAGAGUUUAGUAAACUAACGGAGGCCAAUAAAAUGAUCACCAUCGAAGAGAGAUUACUAACCUUAACCGAUGAAAAGAAAAUCUUGGAAGAAAAGCUAUAUGAACAUGAUGCCAAACUAAAUGAAUUACUUUCACAAUUCGCUGGAAAUCGUGAAAAUUCUAACUCCCCAGCGAAUACUGCUGCCAAGGCAAUUGAAGCUAAUAAUAAUACAAAUGAUCUUAUGGAGAGUAUCAAAUCGGAAGAACAACAUAAACAAGAUGAUGUUAUUUUUGCAAAAACUUGCUGAGUGUUUAGUGAAUUUAUUGUAAUUUUUAAUUUAAUUUUUAUUUCUUGUUUUGAUGAGAUUAUAGCGAGAAAUAUUUGGAUAGUGAAAUUUAUACAAAUCUGAUUCGUAAGGCCUUACAAAGAACAUACAUUAUUAAUAGAAGUAUUAUUAUCAUCAUCAUUAUUACUAUUAUUAUUGUUUUUAGUGUAGAGAAAUUUAAAUUAUGUAAACUAGUAGAAGAAUAAAAUAAAUUUUGUAAAAUAAACUUGGA